AUGUCGAUCGGAGUGAAUUUACGUGUGACGGGCCACACGUCGAUCGGUGGUCGCAAGUACCAGGAGGACUACUUUUCCGUCGCCUAUCAGCAAACGGAGAAUGAUCAAAAUCUGGAGUACGCGUACUUUGGAAUUUAUGACGGCCAUGGCGGCGCGGAAGCGUCCCUGUACGCCAAGGAGCAUCUGAUGAAUACGAUCGUCAGCCAGAAAUUGUUCUGGUCGGAGAAUGAUGAGGAUGUGCUGAAAUCCAUACGCGAAGGCUACAUCCAGACACACUAUUCGAUGUGGCGCGAGCAAGACAAAUGGCCAAAAACUUCGUCUGGACUGCCGAGCACGGCUGGAACCACUGCCAGCAUCGCGUUUAUAAGGCGUGGGAAAAUUUACAUCGGUCACGUAGGCGAUUCGGGCAUUGUAUUGGGCUACCAAAAUGAUAAGGAAUCGGCACACGAUGGCAAGUGGGUUGCGACACCCCUCACCGAGGAUCACAAACCGGAAAGUUAUGCGGAGAAGAUGCGCAUUAUGAGCUGCGGUGGGAAGGUCGUCACAAAGUCCGGUGUACCGCGCGUGGUAUGGAACAGGCCGCGUAUUGGCCAUAAGGGUCCGGUGCGAAGAAGCACACCGAUUGAUGAGAUACCGUUUCUGGCCGUGGCACGAAGUUUGGGUGAUCUAUGGAGCUACAAUUCGGCGAUGGAUGAGUUUGUUGUAAGUCCCGUUCCUGACGUAUCGGUCAUUGAAAUCGACCCAAAAAAGUACAGGUGUCUCAUAUUCGGUACGGACGGUUUGUGGAACGUGAUGUCCCCGAAGAACGCAGUCGACAUCGUACGGAAUGCGGAGAUGGAAAAUAUUCGCAUCGCGCUGGAGGGUGGAAAUGAGUGGAAAAAUCCCAGCAAGCUGCUGGUGAAUGAAGCCCUCGAUCGGUGGAAUCGUAGCAACAUGAAGGCAGAUAAUACGUCCGUCGUGAUCAUUAUGCUUGACCCGCCCGGACCACCGAAGCGGGAUGUGUUGAAAUCGGUUAAAGAUACCAUCCAACACGUAGCCAGCGAUCAGCUCAGUGCUGGCCAAAGUGCGGUGGGAAGCAAUAUUAUUCAUCUGUUCGACUGCAUCACACGCGGAAAGUCACUGCCAACGAUGUCGGAGAUAGACCGCUUACGGUACAGCAGUGCGGCGCAUCAUAGUUUACCAUUGCAGCACAGCUAUCAACAUUCACAACACAACGCAGACGAGGAGUAUUGUGAUACGGAAGCGCACGAAGCUAAUCUCCAUGCGGUUCAUCCGCAGCCUGAACAGCAACAUCACCAAAUGGCCCAUCUUCAAGCUGUGGAUCAGUACAGCCAUGCCCUUCCAUCUACCUCGUACCAGGAGCAGGAUCUUUCCUACACGGACAGCUUUGCCGAAUCAUACAACACGCUGUUAAGCCGGAGCUUUGAAAAUACGGACCACUCAUACACAUCGCUCUUUCAUCCGGUCGCUGAGCAUGGUCUCGAGCAGGAUGAUGUUGCUGAAUCGUACCGCAACAAAGCCACCAUGGUGGAGGGUGUGUCACACGAAGAGGACGAUGAAACGAUGUACGAUUAUUCAUCCAUUUCGUCCGAUAAUGAAACAAUUGUAACGGAUCAAACUCAAGAUUCAACCUACUCGCUGACGAACUUACAAACAAAAUCGGAACGUUUGCGGGCGGAGAUGUUAGAGUCUUGCAGUUCACCCGAUACAUAUUACCAACAGCAACGCCAGCCAAACGAAAGCACAGCAUACAGCACGGGAAAUUUGGCCAUUAUAGAGCACUUUCACAAUUAUCACCAUCCUGCGCCGCAAGAGUACCAUGAGCAUAACAGGAGCAUACCGAGUGCCCGGGAACCUUCCCAAGAAACGGGAGCAAUUCCGACUCGAAUCGAACCGACUGGAGGAUCUAUGAGAAGUUUAACGCAUCACAACUAUCACCAGUACCAGAUGGAGUUGGACGAGCAAUAUCACCAUCAUCAGCAGCAGCAGCAUCAUCACACGGAUUCUCACUAUCAUGAUUACCAGAUGGAACGGUACGAUUACCGACAUCCGGCCAACAAUAAUGGCACCGCCGUAGUGCCUUGUGAGGCAACCUGCAGCAAAUACACAUCAAAAUGUGAGCCCAUUUCGAUCGGAGAGGACUCAAGUGAAAAUGAUGAUGACGAGCGGGAGGACGAAAAAGAAACACCGGAGGAGGAAACAAAUUCCAACGCGGCUGUUGGUGGUGUCCAACCACUUCAGCAGAUCAUUUCCAUUCACGGUCAUCGGAUCCAGAUCAAUGAAGUAUCUUCCUCGUACGUUGGCUCCAGUGCAGCGAAAGUGCUGCUGUCACACUCGGACAGUGAGAGUACCAGCACCGACAGCCAUGGCUACAGUGGCGAUGAAGAAAACAGUGCCUCCUCAACGACCUCCUCGUUGCCGUCGGGCGUAAAGCAGAGGAUUGUACCGGUGCUGGUAAAGCAGCGGUCGCGCAAAUCCGGCCCAUCUACACGCGUCAUAACAAUCUUCUACGAAACGCGUAGCAGUCGACGUCAGUCUCGGGCGCGUAAUCAAUCAUCCUCCUCUAGCAUUACCGAUUGUGGCCGCAAACGCGUAGACCUGAAACAUUCACCAUUUGGCGGAGUUGUAAAGCGAAGAAAAACGACCACCAUAAUUCGUGCAACACCACAACACACGAUUGCGCACGAUAAAGCCUCUCCCGCGGACGAUCGCACGGAUCACACGUUUGCGCGAAGAGCAUUACGUUCGAACGGUGUGGUGAAUGCGGCCGGACCCUUAUUGUCCUGUACCAGUCAACAAAGGAAUAAAGUGAAUGCCUCUACUGAAACCGCCGACCACCGUACGCCUAUGGAAAGCUGCCACCAGCUACGACGAUCGGGAUUAGUGUCGAAUGAGUUUGGUGUUAGCACAACGACGCCUAACCGGCGUUUAACGUUACAGACCGGGCACAAAACGAUCGUGAAGGAACGAUUGAGUAGAACCGGUUGCAACACCAGACGCAUGAGGUUUGACGAUCAGCAACAACCGCAGCAUAUUCAAGAUGGCAAGAAAACGAUCAUCCGUGAAGCGUUACAACUUUUGGAAGGCACGAAGCGUGCGAGACAAUUAAGACGUGCCCAAUGACCAAAGGCGUAAGGAGGAAAUAUCCUUUUAUAUUCCCGAACCCCGAACCCCAAACCCGCAAUGUAGGUGUGUGUGUCUUCAUAGUAGUUGGUAGUGUUGUAGCUAGACACAAGCAAAGCAACACGAAGAAACAUAAGCAAAGGGCUGUGAGCGAUCGUAUUUCAUUAUGAAUUUUAUUGUCCCAUUUUCAAACUCGUUAUUGUCGUUCUCAUUUCAUCACAAAAAGGCUUAAAUUGCGGUGUUGGUAAUCGCACGCUAUCUUAUUUAACAUAUCUUCGCAUACAAAGCCGACCGGUUUAAUGGACAUGUCUCUAUAUGCAUGAUGAUUGCAUUUUGAUCAUUUCAUCAUCACCAAAUCAUGUUCCUAUAUCUCCGGUGUGGCACAUGCGUGGUUAGUACAAUAUUCAUCCUGUAUUCCAUACCUUCAUAUGUACAGAAUCAUUCAUUACUUUUCAUCGAGUUUUUUUUUCAAUAUUCACCAUUGUUUUCUACAUGCAUAACGUAUUUUUUUUUCUGGGCACUGCAUAUAGAGAGCAGUGUGUUAUCAGGCAUAAAAGGUGUAUUAGGUGUAUAACUAGGAUAGGGAUCAAUGCUAUAUUUUUGAAACCGUGCAACGCAGCACAGACAAACCUUGAACGGACAUUAAUAACACAAGUACAACGGGAAACCACAUUAGACACGUGUCAUCGGAUAGUAGUAGCAAGAGGAAGCACUGGAUAUCUCACACUAUUAGUAGUCUACUUCAAACCUUCUUGUGUAGUAGAGAGAGGCUUAUUUGCAAAUUGUUACACAUGCAGGUAUGCAACACUAGGCCAAAGUAGAAGCGAGCUGGUUUUGUGUUCAAGAAGUGCCUGUAACUGUGGUGCGGAUCGACAGCAGAUCUUCUAACCAUUCGUUACACUUUGUUUUGGAACACGGAUCGUCUCGUUUCGAUCAAUCGUUAAUUAUCCCGAUUUCUUCAUAUGCGUGUGUGUGUGUGUGUGUAUGUACGUGUGUUUGUAAGUGUAUUUUUGCAUGCUUAUGUUUUAUGAACGAUCGCAGUUCAUUGAUAGUCUGCUACCUUUUAAAGUAGUUUUUUGCACAUCCUUUGCAUCCACCAAAAUGGGCCGCAGUAGGAACUCUUUCGGUUGCAAACGACUCACAUGUUACAGCGUGCGCGCCUAGCAAAAAUUGUACAGAUUUUAGUAGAGUUAAUAUAUUCUCAUGGCGUUCCGAAGAGGCGGGUGGAAGAGGCGUAGCAAAAGAGCGUGUUUUGUGCAAGCAUAGUUUCUAAGCAAAGGUGUUUUAUUUUUUUGUUCCUAUAUUUUAUCGUGAGGAAAUAAAUAUUUUGAACUAAUAGUC